UCCCGCACUUUUUCUCUCUCUACUCCCUUCACAAUAUAACUGCCAAAACAGAAACCCAAAACACUCCUCACUUCUCUCUCUCUCACACAAUGGCAGAUCUCUUAGAAACCUUUGCAUGCGCCCCCUCCACAGAGCGUGGCCGGGGAAUUCUAAUCUCCGGCGACCCCAAGACCAAUUCCAUUCUCUACACCAACGGGAGGUCCGUUAUAAUUCGGUACCUCGACAACCCUCUGAAAGUCCACGUCUAUGGCGAGCAUGGAUACCCUGCCACCGUUGCCCGCUACUCCCCGAACGGUGAGUGGAUCGCAUCCGCCGACGCUUCCGGUACUAUUAGGAUAUGGGGUACACAUAAUGAUUUUGUGCUGCAUAACGAAUUUCGCGUCCUAUCGGGUCGGAUCGAUGAUUUGCAGUGGUCUCCUGAUAUGUUGAGGAUUGUUGCGUCCGGUGACGGCAAGGGAAAGUCCCUCGUCCGUGCUUUCAUGUGGGAUACGGGCAGUACUGUAGGAGAUUUUGAUGGGCACUCAAAGCGGGUUUUAAGUUGUGCAUUUAAACCUACAAGGCCAUUCCGAAUUGUCAGUUGUGGAGAGGAUUUCAUAGUGAACUUUUAUGAAGGUCCACCCUUUAAGUUCAUGCUGUCCCACAGAGAGCAUUCCAAUUUUGUCAAUUGUGUUAGAUUUUCACCGGAUGGCAGUAAAUGCAUUAGUGUAGGCUCAGAUAAGAAGGGCAUAAUAUAUGACGGGAAGACUGGGGAAAUAAUUGGACAUUUUUCCCAAGAAGACGGUCAUACAUCCAGCAUCUAUGCUGUUAGUUGGAGUCCUGAUAGUAAACGGGUACUUACUGUCUCAGCUGACAAGUCGGCAAAGAUAUGGGAAAUUUCUGAGAAUGGAAGUGGGAAUGUGACAAAAACAUUGGAAUGUCCUGCUUCUGGUGGAGUGGAAGAUAUGCUGGUUGGAUGUCUUUGGCAAAAUGAUUAUCUUGUUAUUGUUUCCCUUGGUGGCACAAUUCACUUAUUUUCUGCUAGUGAUCUUGAUAAAGCUCCAGUAUCCUUUUCUGGACACCUGAAAAAUGUCAAUGCAUUAGCAGAGAUCAAGGGUGAUCCAAAGUUGAUCCUGACGAGCAGUUAUGAUGGACACAUUUUUAAGUGGAUUCAAGGUCAUGGGUACAAGGGUAGAGUAGAGCGGAAAGAUAAUGCUCAAAUUAAAUGUUUAGUAGCUGUCGAACAAGAGAUAAUUGCAUCUGGAUUUGACAAUAAGGUACGCAGAAUUCCUCUAAAUGGGGAUGAAUGUGGACCAACAGAGCAGAUUGACAUUGGCAGUCAGCCUAAGGAUUUGAGCCUUGCGACUGACUCCCCUGGAGUAGCUUUGGUUUCAAUUGAUUCGGGAGUUGUCUUGCUUAAAGAUCUGAAAGUGGUGUCAAACAUCAAGCUCGGAUUUACUGUGACUGCAUCUGUUAUUGCACCCGAUGGAAGUGAAGCAAUUGUGGGUGGCCAAGAUGGUAAAUUGCACAUAUUCUCGAUUUCUGGUGAUAAUCUUACUGAAGAAGCAGUUCUUGAGAAGCACAGAGGUGCCAUCAGUGUAAUACGGUAUUCUCCAGAUUUCUCCAUGUUUGCCUCAGGUGACCUGAACCGAGAAGCUGUUGUUUGGGAUCGUGUCUCCAAGGAGGUUAAACUUAAUAACAUGUUGUACAACACUGCUCGUAUAAACUGCCUCGCAUGGUCUCCUAAUAGCUCUAUGGUGGCUACUGGAUCACUAGAUACAUGUGUCAUAGUAUAUGAAGUUGGGAAGCCUGCUUCAAGCCGCAUAACCAUAAAACGGGCCAACUUGGGUGGAGUUUAUGGCGUUGCAUUUACUGAUGAUUCCACUUUGGUGAGCUCAGGGGAGGAUGCCUUUAUUCGUGUUUGGAGGUUAAAACCACAGUAAGACGGUAUUAGUAUUACCACAGUAAAAAUACCCAGAAACCACUGUCACCUUGUCUCUUGUUUUGAAUAAAUUAAUUAAAAGUCUCCAAAA